UGAAAGCGAGGCAGUGUAAACACAAGUCCAGGAACAUGAAAAGAUCGGGUGACAGUGAGGGGGAGAAGAGAAGAAAGCGGCGGAAGCUACUGCAGGAGUUGGGAGACCAGAAGAUCCCCUUUCUGGGACCUUCAGAUCGGGGAUAUCAGCAACUGUGGGACUCCAGUUACUCCGGCCUGGUUCUGAGGAGAUCCUGCUCACUGCCUGCGGAGCUCCAUGGCCGGGUGCAGGCAGCUCUGCUCACCCUCAGAAGGAAGGGCUGCCUCUUGAGGGAUUUGGUUCGCGUCCGUGACCGAGAUGUUUUCACCGCCGUUUCGCGGGCUCUGCUGGGUGAGCCGGGCCACACCUACCGCUAUCUGGAUACACGGCUCUUUGCUAUCCCCUGGCACAGUGAGGACGUUGAGGUCAAGGGACAAAACUGUUGUGACCCUGACUUGAGGGCUGCUUGCAAGGCAUUGUGUGAGCUUAACACCUUCUUCUGCUCCGAUGUGUCUCAGCUGAAGGAAGGAGACAGACUAACACAAUGUGUGAAGGGGGAAGCAGAGGCCAAACAGGGUGAAGAAGGGGACACAGGGUCUAAACACAGUGAAGACUCCAAGAACAGUGAAGGAGGGGACUCUGAGUCCCGACAAAGCGAGGAAGGGGACACGGAGUCCAAGCACAGUGAAGAGUGGGACAUUGAGUCGAAACACAGUGAAGAAGGCUGUUCUGGGUCAAAACAAGAAGGAGAAUGGGAGACUGGGUCCAAACACAGCAGUGAGGAGGGAGAGUCCUCCCAGGUCAAGCCCAGUGAAAUGGGUGUCGCAGCAGGGUCCGAGCACAGUGAAGGAAAAUACCCCGGCUGGGCACCUAAGGCCGUCACAAGCACAGAGACUAAACCAGUGGGACUAGGGCCCCAGGAGAAACCUUUGGCCCAACUCAAGCACAGCUUGUCAGAUUACCACAUUGAGGACAGGGAGGAACAGGCAAGCGGGCAGGGCUGUUCUCAGCCAAGUCCUCCGCCAGUAUGCACCGGUCCGGUCAAGUUCAAUGUCACCUUACUCAACUACAUGGACCCGGCAGCUAUGAGCCAGCUCAAAGAGGAGCCUUACUAUGGCAUGGGGAAAAUGGCAGUAGGGUGGCACCACGAUGAGAACCUCAUCACUCAUACGCCAGUAGCUGUUUACAGCUAUAGCUGUCAUGAUGACAAAGGUGAGAGCAGUGAGGGAGGCAGUGGUGAGAAGGCAUGCUGGAGGAUUGGGCUCAAGGUAGCCUGGGACAUCCACACACCUGGCCUGAUGCUGCCACUGGAGUCUGGAGACUGCUAUUACAUGAGAGAUGACCUGAACAGUACCCACCAGCACUGUGUCCUAGCAGGAGAGACUGCACGCUUCAGCUCCACGCACAGAGUGGCUGAGUGUUCCAGUGGGACCCUGACCUACAUCCAGUCGCGGUGUCAAGAGGCCCUGUCCAACCUGCACACUGACCCAGAGACAGGCUCCCACAGCCUGCUGGCCCUGCUGCCGACAACGCUACAGCACUGUGAGGAGAUUCACAAUGAGGUGGAGUUCGAGUGGCUGCGACAGUACUGGUUUCAGGGCCAUCGCUACGCCCGCUUCUGCAGCUGGUGGACCAGACCGAUGGAGCAGCUGGAGAAGGACUGGAAGCUCAUGGAGACGAUGACGAUGCUCUUCCUGGAUACAGUGGAGAAGGAGGAGGAGGGCCAAGCAGGAGAGGGGAGGAGGGAGAUGGCAGAAACCCUGCUGUCUGCCUUGACAGACAGACACCAGCAAAGACAGACAUGGAGAGACAGGUGCCACUCAAAUCUGGCCCAGACGUUACCCCCUGAGGAGGCCCCAGUGGACCGGCCCUUCUGGGGUGUGGAUGACCCCAGCAUGCCGCUGCCCUUUGAUCUGGCUGACAUCAUCAACAGAGUGGAGUCAUUGCUCUGGAGGAUGUGAAGUAUGGAUGGAGGAAGUUAGAAAGACAGAAGGAAAAAUACCCACCAGCUUUUUUUGAAUGGUCCCCACAUCAGCUGAGGGGACAGACCACUGAAGACAGCUCCGUUGUGAUCCCACCAAGAUUGAUUUCCUUUUGAUUGGUUCAUCUACAUCCCUUCCCCCUACUCCACCCUCCACUACCCCAGAUGACCCCGGCAUCUUGGCCAACCCGGCUCGGAUUUGGCUGGAAGGAGUCCAGACCACCACAAUAGUACCAGAAUAGUGCUUCAGUAACAUGCUAACAACGCAAGCUUAGCAACAAGCUACUAGUGUCACAAUGGUCUAACGAAACAUAAGUGGAACCUGCAUUUCAGUGUUAGCAUACAUGUGUAACUAUUUAUUAUUUCAGUGUAUUCUGUUACUUAAUCUCAUGUAACCCAGACAUGCUUUUAUCAAUAGAUUGACUCAUUCUCAGUAGUCACAGUACAGUACAUACAUAUACAGUAUGCUUUCUAUUUGUCACACAGUGUUAUAAUACAGUAUAGAAUGGUUAAAAAAAAUGAAAAACAACAACAAAAAAAAACACUUCGCUCACAUGGUAUUGCAUUCUUCACUUGUGUAUAGUGUAAUCCCUUUUAUUGUGUUCAGAAAUGGAAUGAGCCCGAAGAGACCAAAGAAAGAUUAUUCUAAGAAAGUUAUGAAUGUCACCCAACGGAGAACAUGAAGAAUGUGCUGUUUCGUGUUUAAGGUGUGAUGGUGUGCUUGUGCCAUACGCAGGUGUGACAGCGCGUGUGUAUGUGUGUAUGUGUGUGUGUGUGUGUGUGUGUGUGUUUGUAUGUGUGCAUUUAGCCAUGUUAAUUUACAGUACAUGCAAUCAGUUGCUGGCCUGCGUGUUUGUGCAUGUGCACGCUCACUCUCCCACGUCUACAUGAAGGGGCGCGUGUGUGAAUGUGAUAGUGUGUGUGAGCCUGUUAGGCAGCCCGCCAGUUGUUUGUUCUUGAAGAUAUGCAUAUGGAGAAACAGAGACUAGCAGCGGGACCCCUCUGCCUCUGCUCUGAUGAAAGGCAGCACUGAUAGAAUGACCCGGAACACAACCGCCGUUUCUCAUAAUUACAGCUGUUCAAUCGCUUUUAAUUACUCUUAAAGUGUGUAGAGCACCACAUUCCCCUGUAAUGCUGCAGGCCAUCCGAGUGAGCGAGAGAAAGAUCCGGCGCUUCUGACAAAAUCCACUUUCAAAACAGCUAAAAAGGGUGGAAAAGGGGGCCGACGUCAAAGCAGUGUAGCAGCCCUCCUCGUUUGAUUCCUUUCUCUAUCUAGUUCAUGAUGAAGUAGAGACGCUGUUUACUAUUAAAAAUGCAGAAUGCACUCCUUUUUUUACUUCUGAAGUUUUUUCCAAGAUGUUAAUGGUUGCCAAACGCUGUUCUUCUUGCUUCUUCUUUUGCUGCGCCUCUCUUGUUUGUUGUUGUCAGAGAGAUUUGUUUGUAGAUCGGCAGUAGCGUUGACUUGUUUGAAUCACUCUGUGCUCCCUGCGCCACAGCUUGUCUGUCUGAAGCAAUAGGAAUGGCAGUAAAUAAAAAAAACAGUGUUUUAU